AUGAGCAUCUGGACGCCACCCACACUCCUGGAGCUGGCAGCAAAGCGCCUGCUGAGGGACCAGGCCUCGGCCAUCUCAGCUCUGGAGUACCUGCCCGUUGAGCUCUUCCCAUACCUGUUCGUCAUGGCCUACCGUGGUGGAUGCCGCCCCCAGCUACUGAAGGCAUUGGCCCAAGCCUGGCCCUUCACUGUCCUCCCUCUGGGGGUCCUGAUGCGGCGUCCCCCUGAUCAUGCCCCAACCAGGGCCGCGGGCUUAAAAGCCGUGUUUGAUGCGCUUGAUGUUCUGCUUGCCCAGGAGGUUCGGCCCAGGAGGUGCAAACUACAGGUGCUGGAUUUAAGGAACAUGGGUGCCAACUUCUGGGAUAUGUGGCUUGGAGUCAGCACCGGGAAUUGCUCACCGACAGGACCAGUGACUGCGCACAGCUCCGGCCCCAACAUGGAGCAUCCCCUGGCUCCCUUGGAGGUGUUCCUAGACCUUAACUUCAACGAAAAGGACCGGGAUAAGUUUUUCAUGCACAUCAUCCAAUGGGCCCAGCAGAGGGAGGGGUUGCUACACCUGUGCUGCAAGGCGCUGAGGAUUUCUGAGGUGCCCUUCCAGAGAGUCAGGAGGGUCCUGGAUAGGGUGAAGCUGGACUGCAUCCAGGAGGUGAGCGUGCACUGCACCUGGGACCUGCCCACCCUGCGGGCAUUUGCUCUCUACCUGGGUCAGAUGAGUAACCUGCAGAAACUCCUUCUCCUGGGAGAGCUGGCUGAGGACGGCCGCCUGGACCAGAUGCUCAGGUGCCUGCAGACCCCCUUGGACAAGCUCUGCCUAACAUAUUGCCAGCAGCUGACGCAUUCAGACCUGACACACCUGUUCCAGUGCCCGAACCUCAAGCAGCUGAAGAUCCUAUAUCUAUAUGGCCUCAGCCUUGCGGGUCUCAGUGAGCCACUCCGAGCUCUGCUGGAGGCAGUGGCACCCACCCUCCAGGACCUGGGUCUGGAUAAAUGUGGGAUGGCGGACUCCCAAGUCGAGGCCAUCCUGCCUGCCCUGAGCCGCUGCCACCAGCUCAGGGAGUUCUCCAUCUGUGUGAACAACUUCCCCGUGUCCACCGUGGAGAAGCUGCUGCGCCGCACAGCCGGGCUGCGCAGUUUAGAGCUCGAGCUGUACCCCGUCCCCCUGGAGUGUUACAGGACCCAAGGGACUGUCAACCAGGAGAGACUUGCCCUGAUCCGGGCUGAGCUCACGGGGGUACUGAGGGAGUUAGGACAGCCCAGGACCAUCCAUCUUGUCACCAAGCAUCUUAGACAUAGGAAGUUUUAUAAGCUGGCAUUUUCAUGA